AGGGCUGGGGAGACUGGCAGCCGUCAGUACGCAGGCGCCGGGAGCUGUAGCCCCUUUAAUCCUGGAUCGUUCGUGGAAGCAGCGCUGGUCCCCACCGAGCUGCAGCGCUCAUUUCCCAGCCUGGCCAUUGUGCUGGGUUGUUGCUGGCGGUGCUGGUGCUGCUGCUGCUGCUGCUGGGGGAGGAAUUGCAAUCUGCCUGGUGAAUGCAUCAACCUCUUUUUUUUUUUAAAACUCUUCUGGCUGCCCAACAACCCCCCCCAUCCAUAGUCCCUACCUCCUCCAAACCCCAGUGCUACCCCCCCCCCCCCCCACCCCUUUUCUUCGCGAAAGAAAAUUAUCCCUGAAAACCUUCCCUUCCCCUGUGUGUCACAGUCUAUCACUGGAAAUGCAUUUCAUCCAGCACCUCAUCAUAGACACAGCCAUGUAAAAAGAUGAGCAGUGGGCCGAGCAACAACUCCACAAGCAUCAACAUGGUCUCCGCGGCAAUGGUGGCUCCAGAGCCAGGCUCCAGCAGCACCGUGGCCGACCCCAGCGUCUCUUGGUUACCCGACACUCCGACAGCGGUGGAACAGCCGAUAUUCUUGAUGACCACAGCGGCACAGAGCAUCUCAGGGUUCUUUGUGUGGACGGCUCUCCUCAUAACGUGCCACCAGAUUUAUAUGCACCUGCGGUGUUACAGCACACCAAAUGAGCAGCGCUACAUCGUGCGGAUCCUCUUCAUUGUCCCCAUCUACGCUUUCGACUCUUGGCUGAGCCUCCUCUUCUUCACCAAUGACCAGUACUAUGUCUAUUUCGAUACAGUCCGUGACUGCUACGAGGCCUUUGUGAUCUACAACUUUCUCAGCCUGUGCUACGAGUACCUCGGAGGCGAGAGUGCCAUAAUGUCAGAGAUUCGUGGCAAGCCCAUUGAGUCCAGCUGUAUGUAUGGGACCUGCUGUCUCUGGGGGAAGACAUACUCCAUUGGAUUUCUGCGCUUCUGCAAACAGGCGACCCUCCAGUUCUGUGUGGUGAAACCCCUGAUGGCCAUCAUCACCGUCAUUCUCCAGGCUUUCGGCAAGUACAAGGAUGGAGACUUCAACGUUGCCAGUGGCUACCUCUAUGUCACCAUCGUGUACAACAUCUCUGUCAGCCUUGCACUCUACGCUCUCUUCCUCUUCUACUUUGCCACGCGGGAGCUGCUCAGUCCCUACAGCCCGGUGCUCAAGUUCUUCAUGGUGAAGUCUGUCAUCUUCCUCUCUUUCUGGCAAGGGAUGCUGCUGGCCAUCUUGGAGAAGUGCGGCGCCAUUCCAAAAAUCGACUCCGCCGAGGUCUACGUGGGCGAGGGGACCGUUGCCGCGGGCUACCAGAACUUCAUCAUCUGCAUCGAGAUGUUCUUUGCGGCCAUUGCUCUGCGCUAUGCCUUCACCUCCAAGGUUUACGGGGAUAAGCGAAUUGACUCUCAAGUCCUGGCGUAUGGGCCCUACGGUCGCUGCGCGCCCAUGAAGAGCAUCUCCAGCAGCCUCAAGGAAACCAUGAACCCGCACGACAUCGUCCAGGACGCCAUCCACAACUUCUCACCGGCUUACCAGCAGUACACGCAGCAGUCGACCCUGGAGCAUGGCACCCCGUGGCGCAACGGGCACAUCGUCUCCCGGACGCACGUCUCCGACACGGAGAAGACCCUUCUCCUGAGCUCGGACGACGAGUUCUGAGCCGGGCUGUG